UAGCGAGGACGGCGGGCGGAGGCCGUGGCGCCGGAAUAUGGUACAUCUGGUGCUGUGCAGCUGGAUGUUGCUGAAUAACAUUUCCAUGAGAUUGCUSUUCCAUCUUUCAGCUGUUCAGAAUGGCAAAGAACCCUAAUUUUCAGGAAGUUGCUCAUCAGCCCACAGGCUACACCCACUAUAGAUCUUCAGACAACUUUACUGGCUACCAGUAUCACCAUCCCUCCAAGAUGAGCAACAGCCACCCACUCCGCCCUUACACAGCUGUUGGGGAGAUCGACCACGUUCACAUUCUGUCCGAGCACAUUGGUGCCCUAAUGAACGGCGAGGAAUACAGUGACGUUACCUUCAUUGUGGAAAAGAAACGUUUUCCAGCACACAGGGUGAUCCUGGCUGCUAGGUGCCAUUACUUCAGAGCACUAUUGUAUGGUGGAAUGAGAGAAUCUCAGCCUGAAGCAGAAAUUCCUCUUCAGGACACUACUGCAGAAGCAUUUACAAUGCUGCUGAAAUAUAUUUACACUGGUCGUGCCACACUACGAGAUGAGAAAGAGGAGGUUCUCCUCGACUUCCUAAGCCUAGCACAUAAAUAUGGCUUCCCAGAACUGGAGGAUUCCACAUCUGAGUAUCUUUGUACCAUCCUCAAUAUUCAGAAUGUUUGUAUGACCUUUGAUGUUGCCAGUCUUUAUUCGCUUCCCAAAUUAACUUGUAUGUGCUGUAUGUUCAUGGAUAGAAAUGCUCAAGAGGUGCUGUCUAGUGAAGGCUUCCUGUCACUCUCUAAGGCUGCUCUUCUGAGUAUUGUUCUAAGGGAUUCAUUUGCAGCUCCAGAGAAAGACAUUUUCCAAGCGUUGAUGAACUGGUGUAAACACAACCCCAAGGAAAGCCAUGCUGAAAUCAUGCAAGCAGUGCGCUUGCCACUAAUGAGCCUAACAGAACUGUUGAAUGUUGUAAGACCUUCGGGGUUGUUGUCACCUGAUGCCAUCCUAGAUGCCAUUAAAAUUCGCUCUGAGAGUCGGGACAUGGACCUCAACUACAGGGGCAUGUUAAUACCAGGGGAGAAUAUCGCGACAAUGAAGUAUGGUGCUCAGGUUGUAAAAGGGGAGCUGAAAUCUGCUUUAUUAGACGGGGACACUCAAAACUAUGAUUUGGAUCAUGGGUUUUCUCGACAUCCAAUUGAUGAUGAUUGCCGUUCUGGAAUUGAAAUCAAACUAGGCCAGCCAUCAAUAAUCAACCACAUCAGGAUACUCCUGUGGGACCGAGAUAGUCGGUCCUAUUCCUACUACAUUGAGGUGUCCAUGGAUGAGUUGGACUGGAUUAGAGUUAUUGAUCACUCGAAGUAUCUYUGUCGGUCCUGGCAGAAGCUCUACUUUCCUGCCCGUGUUUGCAGGUACAUCCGAAUUGUUGGAACUCACAACACAGUGAACAAAGUUUUCCAUAUUGUGGCAUUCGAAUGCAUGUUUACCAACAAAACCUUUACUCUUGAGAAAGGUCUGAUAGUUCCCACAGAGAACGUUGCCACCAUUGCUGACUGCGCCAGCGUGAUCGAGGGCGUGAGCCGCAGCCGCAACGCCCUGCUCAACGGAGACACCAAAAACUACGACUGGGACUCGGGCUACACGUGUCACCAGCUGGGGAGCGGAGCUAUCGUAGUGCAGCUCGCCCAGCCCUACAUGAUUGGAUCCAUACGGUUGCUACUUUGGGACUGUGAUGAUCGGAGCUACAGCUACUACAUUGAGGUGUCAACCAAUCAGCAGCAAUGGACUAUGGUGGCUGAUCGUACCAAAAUUUCCUGCAAAUCCUGGCAAACAAUCACUUUUGAUAAACAGCCUGCAUCUUUCAUCAGAAUUGUUGGCACUCACAACACGGCUAAUGAGGUGUUUCACUGUGUGCAUUUUGAGUGCCCAGCACAGAGCAGUACCCACAAGGACGAGGGCAGUAAGGAAGUGGCAGCAGCAGAUGUGGGCACUGGAGGACAGCAGCUUGUUGCUCGCCCCGUUCGGGCUGCGAGCACCGGUUCCCUGCACUCCCCGCCUGGAUCCACCUCGCGCACACAUGCUCACCAGCCCUAGGAAGGACUGAAGGGAGCUUUGGAAGACCCAGUGACAUUAUAUGAAAUUAUUCACAACCUUCGUGUGCUGGCACCUUUUUCUUUUUUUCCUUUUUUUUUUUUUUCCCCUCUCAUUGAACAAAGGGGACCAUGUCUGGGAGCUGGAAAUGCUGAAAUGGAAAAGGCUUCCCAAGGACAUGAAGAGACUGCUUCACUAUCCUCAAUUUGUUCAAAUCAGGCUGGUCUCUGGGGUGUGGGGCGAGGGGAGGAGAAAAUAGGUCUUCAAUCUUCAUCAAGUCCCCCAUUAACACCCUAUCUCUCUAAUCUAACCAAGACAAGGAGAACGGAAGGAAAUAAAAGGCAGAGCUACAGUGGAAAUGUAAAAUGACUUUUGAACAGCAGAGUGGAAGGUAUAUGACAUAAGUAUUUGUUCCCUAAAGGCUUCCUUUAGCAAAGAAAAUGUGUAUCCUUAUGGAACACAUCAGAAUAUAUGUAAUUUUUUAAGUUUAUUCUUAAUUCAUAUUCCUUUGUAACUUCUAAGCUGUCUUCUAAAUCAUUUUGACUCUGUAGCCCACUUUGUUUCUUAUUUUUGGCUGUAGCAAACGCAGUGCAGUAGAUUAAGGAAGUAUCAAGCAUGUUUACCUGCUGAGAUGCAAAUUCCCUCAUUCAUCAGUGGGAAUGACAAGAAAAGCCUUCAUGAUAUCAACAAACUAAUUAAUGGAUGCUAUAUUAAUCAUGACCUUAGCUGACUUUGCAAAGUACAGAAUUUUCAUUUCUUAUACUCAAAGG